UUUGCUCGCCAAGAUCGUGCAUACUCGCUGUGAAAAGCAUGAAUUUUUCUUUCUGUUACUCGUAAAUUUUUUAAAAAUAGCACGCGCUGUCAGUUUUUCAAGAGAACUGUUGCCGAUAAGUUGCACUUAAUACAAGUUUUCUUUCACAUGCUUUCAUAAUAACUGGAAAUUUUAGAGAAAGAACUGAGUUAAAUAAUUAACUGUAAAGUUCUAAUGGUGUGAAAAACCUAUGGAAAUAAUUGUGAAAUAUUCGAAAAUAAUUUGGAAUGCAGAAAUUAUGAAAUAAAGCAGAAUAUGUGUUAUUAAGUGUUAUACAUAUAUGUAAAUACAUAUGUAUAUAAACUUUUGUGAUAAGAUAUAUUUAAUGUGUUCUUGAAUUAUAAAUAUAUUAUGUAUGGAAUGUACAAAGAAAUAAGAAAAGUUGAACUGUGAAAAUUUGCUCUACAUACGUACAUAUAUGCCUCAAAGUACAUAUAUUGGUUAGUGUUGAUGUUUUAAAGUGAUUUACGAAUUCAAUCAGUCAGUGUAAAUCCUGAUCUUCCUAAAAAACGGAUUUAUAUAUAUAUAUAUAUAUAUAUAGAAUAUAUGUAUAUAAAUACAAAUUAUAAAAAUUAAAACGCAGUUGAGGAUACAAGGAAGGAUAGGACGCAACGGUAAAGUUCGCAAUUUCUCGAAACAUAAAUAGUUGUAUGGUAACCCAUUACCGAAGCCAAACACACGGGCCACUCAGUCGGUCUUUUGUCUUGAAAGACGAAAAUUCUUGUCUUGGUCGUCGAACUGGCACAACGUUUUGCAGUAGGAAGACGUCCACACAAACAAACGGUACAUUUUAAACGCCGGUCGCAACCGCAUACCCCAAAGAGUUACAUAUUCAAUCACACAUACGCAAUAAUAAUAGAGCCUUCACCCACCAAAGAUAGAAUACUUGCGACGAGCGCAUAAGAUCUCCCUCGUACGAGAUGGAUGAACAAAGAGAAGAGCCCACACAACAACAACAGGAAUAUGGGGGCAUUACAACAUUCGUCAAUCAAUCUUCAAUAACGGCGGCACAAGCGCAGCCCCACGACGAAGACGCUUGGUGGUGGGAAGUGGAGAAUGGUGAUUUGAUUUUAGACCUCGUGCCAAAUAUUAACUCGGCGUCGAAUAGUGAAAGUGAAAAUACCAACAACAAUAACAACAACAGCAAUGAAUUGUCAUCAGAUUUUAUCUCAUCUUUGAAGAGCGGCGAAAUUGUUAACGUGACAUUGUUGGCGAACAAUACAAGUACCAGUGAUGGUAGUGCUGAUAAUGCGAUUGCCGAAAGUAUUGUUGUGGCUACAAGCCUUAACAAGCAGUUGGCCGAGAAAACACAGUCUGACAUUGUAAAGGUAGAAAAUAACGACGCAACUUAUCGUUUACCCGACUCACAUAACCCAGUCGCACUCAGCCAAGCAGCCGCACGUGAGCAAACUCUUGAAGAAUUCAAGGAGGAAUUGCGCAUUAAGCGGUUAGCUCGUCAAACGGCUGUGCAAGAUUUACGCGAUGAGAUUGCCACAUUGCGUCGACAAUUGGCUGAGGAGCAGGAGUUAACACGUCGUUUACGACGGAAUAAUGCCGUCGAGCUGUCCAGCACUGAUGUGGAAGUGUUGACGGCCGAUGAAGAGGGUGCUAUUGGUGGUGCCACUAGUGCUGAACCCGACUCUGAUGAUGAGGAUCCACAAAGUCGAGGACGUCAUGCCAAUAUUGAGUUAGCUAACGCACAGCUGGCACUCCAAAUGGCUAAUGCGGAGAAUCUGUCACUGCGCACGGAAAUGGGUGUUGUACAAAAACAAGUCGGCACAUUGAAGGAAGUUAUUGCCUGUUGCAAGCAGAUGCUCAAUGUAAAAGAGGAACAGUGUGUACAGCUUAAAUCUAAAUUAGACGAAAUUGAAACGGCAUUCGGAGAACGUGAAUUGAAAAUCAUGUCGAGCAAUUUGAGACAAGAAUACGAACGGCAAUUGGGCAAUAUACGACAACUGCGUCAGUUGUACGAGGAACGGCAGCGUAUCGCAUUGGCAGAGCAAGAGAAUUUGCAGAGAUUAAUUUCGAUAAAAAGAGAUGAGUUGGCUGCGGAACAGCAAAAAACGAAAAACUUCGAAGAGCAUAAUCAAACAUUGAUGAAGGAAAUUGAAAGCGCAAAUAUAGAAUUGGCAACAUUGCGCGAAGAAUGCAAUGAACAUAAAUUCGAGAAGAAAGCACUCAAAGAGGAAAUGGGUACAGUCAAUACGCUCUUUAGCCAGAUGGUAAUGGGCUUCAAUGGCAAGAAUAACUUGGAUAUUGAUCGAUUGACGACGAUGUUGGAGGAGAACCGCGGCUUGCUCAACGACAUGGCAACCAAGGAAGCAAAUUGCACCGAUGGUGCAACGUUGCCGAAAUUAUUAUUCGAAUUAGUCGAAGAGGCGGGAAUGACUGGCAAAUCCGUUGAGGGCAGUCGUAGCCCAAUGCCUACGUCAAUUAUUAACAGCAGCGCUGAUGAGGAAGAAAACAAACUGCAUAGAGAUACACCCGACCGUGGUGCACGUCAUAGUUUCGAAAGUGAAGAACUGCCGUCUGCUGUCACCGCGGAACUGGACGCUGCAGCGGCAGCCGAUCACAACAAUACCAACUGCAAGACUGAAAAUGUUACUACUACUGUUGCCACAGCCACUGCCAUUGCAGGCGCUAGCUGCGGUAGAAAACAUCAUCGUAAAAUUGCCGGCAACCGGAUGAAAUUACCACCAGCCACUGCCUCAACAGACAGCACUGUAACGGCAACUGCUGCAUUGAAAACCCAUGAACCAGAAAUUAUGAGUAAAGUUGCAACGACACAAGAAAUUAUUGGUAACUUGCCGAAAGUUUGGAAAGUGCUAAUGGAGCUCUUAAGUCACCACAAAAUAGAGCGGGUGCAAUUUGAGGAGCAUGGCGCCAGCGAGGAUUGCUACAAAUCCGUUGAGACUGCCAAUGGACUAAAGGCGGAACUGAGCGUCAGCAAGACAUACAUUAAGUUAAAGGAUCUGAUAUUGGAGAAAAAAUCCUUAGUCAAAGAAACAAAUCGCCUGAAAACCUUAAACUGCCAUCUUGAAUAUCGAUUGAACGAGCAAGAGAAGCGUUUAAGUGCCGUUAGUUUGGAGUUGACAAAAACUUGGCAUUUAGUUGGCAAAAUGCAGCGUCAACAUCGUCAGCUGCACACACAAGAACAAAUAUUGCGGUAUCAAUUACAGCAAAAGCGGCGCUUACUCACGGAACUGAAAGACGAGUUGGAGUACUGUCGGCGCAAAUGGGCGGCCGCACGUGCCAAAAACGAUGAGAGUCAAGAGCAGUGGAAUGAUUUACGACGCGAAUUUGCAUUGCGAAAACUAGAGCAUGCCAGCAAUUCAGCCGAAAGCGGCUACAGUGACUCAGGUCAGGCUUCGGAUGAGGAUAUGGUAGUAGCAGCGCCUACAAAUUUAACCUCUGACGUGGAGACGACAACUUCAAAUAGUGCAGGUGGAGGUGGUGGCUGUGCUGGUGGGGUUGGAGGAGUGGCUGCAGCAUGUAGGCGUAAACGUUUGAAAGAAAUGUUCGAGCACUCGCGCAAGAUAAAGCGCAUGCAAAGCACUUCGCCCGGGCGUGCCGGUGAUGGUACCGCUGAGAUAGUAUUACGCUGGAAUAGUGCGCCACCAACAUGUGGUUGGCGUGACAGCAGUGAGGCCAAUCAUGGCGUGGUCGACGUAUACUGCGAUGCAGAUAACAACACUAGUGGAGGUGAUGGUGAGUUUAUCGGUGCAGUCGAUUUGACAGGUGUAACCGCAACCAGUCGUGGCGCUAUACCAAAGAAUAUCGUUGCACACAAUAGACACCACAGCAGAAGGGAUGCAAUGGAAGGGGAGGCGGCAACUGAUGUUGUUGAUGUUGCGGAUGGCGCACAAGGAGAACGCGCCGAACGUAUACAAAGGCUGGAGGAGCAGUGUAAAACGUUGAUUGAGCGAGUACUUAAGACAUCUGAUAAUCGCGAGCGGUUAGAGGUGCAGCUGCUGAGUUUUCAGGAUGAGAUUGCACCGGUGCAAUAUGUGGUGCCACUGAAUGAUUUCUUUAAAAAGAAACGUAUUGAACGCAUGACUCGUGCCAGUUCUGUGCCUAUUACUGGUACUCUUACACCGAGAGAAGAAGAAUAUACGCGUAAGCGCUCAGAACGAUUAGGGCGUUUGGAGGAAGAGAGCCGCCAGCUGUUGUCACGUAUCAAACGCACAUCCGAUCGUGGCCAUUAUCUGCGUUGUUCCUUGGAUCGUUUGCGACGUGGACCCAGUCGGGAGGGAAGUUUCGAAAGUAAUACGGAGGAAGAAUCUAGCAAAACUGAAGAAAAAUUAUUGUUUCCUAAGCUCAAAAUGUUACAAGAAGACAAACAAAUCGACGAUAUGUUACCUCAGGUUCCAGACACGAAUGAAAUGGAAGCGCCCGAAUCACGGAUAAAUCUGAACCCCUUGACAGAGAACGAAGAAGCUUACACGGCACGACGUUCGGUGCGUCUACAGCGUUUGGAGAAUGAGAGCAAAGAACUAUUAAAGAUACUUUCGCGCAACAAUGAACGUGGACAACAAUUAGGCAAUAAGUUGGACGCAUUGCAUGAACAUCACUCCGAUGUGCCUACGAAGGUGGUGGAAGUAGCAACAGUAAAUACUUCAUUACCACCUGCCACUCCGAAGGUUAGUAUUGAACAACGUUUAGGAAAUAUCGAGCAAAUAUCGUCCAAUCGUAUGGAACGUCUUCGCAUACUCGAGGAAGAGGGCAAAGAGUUGCUAAAUCAAUUAGCUGGCACAUCGGCGCGUGGUACAGAGAUGAUUAAUCGCAUAACUGCGCGUGCGCAAAAUCGCCAGACAACUGCAAUGGAAACGGCUGAUAACGAAAUACCGGCUACCACCACAGAUAAGGUGGCCGAUCCCGAAGAUGAGUCCGCGGCAGGCUUGGAGACAACAGCGGUAGCCUCAGUCUUGCCUACACUCAAUAAUGUCGCAUGUUCUAGUAUUGUGUCGGAGGAGUUGACGGAUCACGUUACGGUUACUACAAUACCUAGCCAAAUUGCUGGGAAACAAGGCGCUAUUCCGAAGCAACCGCGUACGAAACCUGCAGGCAUGGUGUUGAAUGCUGAAAUACGCGCCAAGGCCGCGAACAACAAAGAGCAGAAACAAAAACAAAACAAUCAGGCAGAUGGUGAGAGUUUGGAGGAUAUGGUAAGGCGUCUGCAGAAAACCCCAUAUCCGGAAAACCAAAACGUCGAUAAACUAGAAAAAAAAGAAUACGAUGUGAGCGACAAAGAAAAAAUGGGAACUGAAAAAGUAAAUCCAAACCAACGUGGUACCAAGGAUUAAAUGUUUAGAAUUAAGUAAAUAAUCAUAAAUUUUGAUCUUUAUGAACUUUUACUCUAUACAACUUGUACUUAAUAUUUGUAAUGAAAGACCCCCUCUUCGUGUUCAAAUAAAUUUAUAUAUUCAUCUUAAUUGAGCGAUUAAUUUGUAUGCAUCUAAA